AUGUGCCAGCGGUCAGCCUGCACGGUCCUUCCAUACGCGCUUGCGGCGGGGUCUCUGGCGGAGCAUGUCAAUACAGAUCUGAUGAGUAAGAAGAAUAAGUCUUGGCUGAAGUAUCUUCGGCAGCUGCCGGUUUGCCUCUUCUGGAACUGGUUCUACCUCGACGUCUUGCCGAAUGUGGUGUACAACCCCUACAACCACGCCUUUCCGUGGUUUGGCAUACGCUGGUACCAUGCUACCGGCAAAUGCAUGCAGCGGAAGUGGCGAUACUCCUUCCUGCUGGGUGACGUGGGCGCUCUGAUCUUCCAGGACUUUGAUGAAGACUGGCGGAAUGGCAAUGGCAACCCAUGCGUGAACCUUUGGAACUUCCAGUUGGAGAUUCAGGCCUUCACGCUGACCACGUCUGUACUUUGCCUGCCUCAUGGGGCUAUGCUGGCUACUGUCGCGGCGAUCGUUGCUUUCGGCUUCAACAGCACGUCACCGAAUGUUGGUGCCUGGUGGGUCCACCAUGCGCGCGGGGUUGCGCUGCAGGUGUUGUUUCUCCGGCUGUGUGGGCUCCCACGCAGUUCCGUUCCUGCUGCUGCCCGGAACUUGCGCUGGCCAGGGCUGCUGAUGGUGCUGGUCGCUUUGGCACUCUUCGGCGCUUCGCGCGGGCAGUGGCUCGAGAGCCUUCCGGGCGCUUCCUCCUUAAACCAGUUCGUUGGCCAACAUCCGCUGCUGGUCACCGGAGCUUGGCAAGCUGCCCUUGCAGUCGGAGUUGCGAUGCUCUGCGAGGGCUGCCGCGCAAGGCAGACACCCGGUGGCCGUUUCUUGGCGAUUCUGAAUCGCCUCGCCUUCGGUACCAACGUAGCGCACCCCUUCGUGCAGUUCUUUGUGGAAUCACACAGCUCCAUCAACGACCGGGUAUUCUCCCUCUUCACCUGGCCAAGUCAGCUGAUGCUAAUCUUCGGCCUGACAACGCUCACGGCUAGCUUCGUGUUCCUGUUCGUGCAGCGUCCCUGGGCGCUCCUGUUGCACGACGGUGCAGUCUCCGCGGCCUUUGCGCCGGCACUGUUAGCGGAGUGGAGUGGGGCCAGCAAGAAAAAGAAUGGGCCCUUCCGGCGUUGGCAGGACGUGGACCCGGAUGUCAUCACUGGCUACAACAUCAACAACUUCGACCUGCCUUGA